CCUGACAAACACCUCCAUCAUCACUCCUCCGCCCUCAUCGCAUCUCAUCAACAUCCUCACAUGCCCGUUCUUCCCGUCAUCUCCCGGCGAAUGGCCCCCGCGCCUCCCGCGUCCUUUGUCCUCCUCGCGGCUCCUUUGUCUUUGGUGCCGCUCUGUCCACCAGCCCAAUCGCACCAACUCCCUUUUCGGUGCCCGACAGCAGCGACCUUCCACGCAUUUCGCCCUCCUGGCUCGUCAGACCUGGCCGGCCCUGCCCUGCACCAGUCUCCUUUCCUCGCCCUCCCCUUUUCUCUGCCCUCUCGCUGCUCGCCACUCUCCCUGGGACUCCUCUCCUUUCGGGGCAUCAUUCUUGACUUCCUGACCACCACCUUGCCUUUGGGUCCUCCUCGUUCUAUCUGUCUCUCCAGCUUCAAUACGGCCUCGUCCUAAUUCUCGAUCAGCUGCGGCUAUUGAGCCAAACGAACAAUCACCAGCAGCAAGACCCCCCCCCGCUUUGCCACUGUCUCUCACUCCUCCCAGCGAU